UGGCGGGAAUAUGUAAAAUAUUCCGCCCGAAAUAAGAAAACAAUUAUUAAUUCCUCUCAUAAUCAAUCUCUUGCGAUCCUCGUACCCGCUUGGAACACCGCUUUAUUUUCUUUGCCCGUCUCAUUCUACUAUAUAUAUGUGCGUGUGUACAUAUAUUAUUUUGGAUACCACUGUCACGAUCAUUGAUGUUCUUCUAGUUCCCUUCGUUUUUUUGACCCUUCUCAAUCGAUUGAUUCCCGUCAGCAUUCCGCCUCCGCCAAAUUCAGCCAGAAAGCCCAAUUUGUGGCGCGCGCCGAGUUCAACACAGAGAAAAGCAUUUCGUCGCAUCGUUGACAUUUCCCUGUAUAUAUUAAUUGCUUCCCGUCAAGGCACCUCUUUGCCCAUUGUUCUCCCCCGCCGUCGAACUGCCGAACGGACUUCCGCGCAGAGCAAACUCGCAUUGGAAACGGACGAAUUAGCUUUUUCUCACCUUAUUUAUUACCUGAGACCAAAGGAGUAGUGCUCUGCCAGGCUCUUGCUUAGCUUUCUGGCGCUGUUGCUGUGACUGGACGAGUUUCCGCACGCCCCCAAAUCGCAUUACAUCUCUAGCAGCUCAGCUGUUAACGGAGAAGACACAACCGCACCCCAUGCCUUCAAAAACAGACGAGAACCUGCGGUUCAGCACGAUUGAGGAGUCGAUAGAGGCGUUCAGAAAUGGAGAGUUCAUCGUAGUCCUCGAUUCGCAAAACCGGGAGAAUGAAGGGGAUCUGAUCAUUUCUGCGGACUCGGUGACUGCGGCCAGGAUGGCGUUCAUGAUACGGUGGAGCAGCGGCUAUAUCUGCGCCCCCAUCCCCGCCUCCCUCUGCACGCAUCUAUAUCUCCCACAAAUGGUCGUCGAGAAUGCCGAUCCAAACGGCACAGCCUACACAAUCACUAUUGACGCCACCGACCCGUCCGUCACCACGGGUAUCUCUGCCCAUGACCGUGCUCUUACCUGCCGCACCCUCGCCCGCCCAGACGUCCAGCCCUCCCACUUCCGCCGACCAGGACACAUCCUACCCUUACAAGCUAGACCUGGCGGCGUCCUUGAGAGACCCGGCCAUACGGAGGCGGCGUUGGACUUCUGCCGGCUGGCAGGGAAGCCAGAGGCGGCUGUUAUCUGUGAGCUUGUUGAGGAUGGAGUGGAGGUGGAAGGGGUGCCGGCGAUGGAGGGGAAUGGGAUGAUGCGGGGCAAGAGAUGUUUGGAGUUUGGAAAACGGUGGGGUCUAAAGGUUUGUACGAUUGAGGAUUUGAGGGAGUAUUUGAUGAAAGAAGGAGGUGUGGAGGUGAAUGGGAAACAUUAGACUUUUUGUGCGACUGCGAUUGUCGUUGCUUGUUUUGAUAGGGCCUUUUGGGUUGUAUUUUAUCAUUUCAUCCUCAGUGUUCAUAUUACGCCGUACUUCUAUACCCCGUCGACAGCUCUGUUGUAUUGGUCUUUUCUUGCUGUGCUUGAAAUUUGUGACCCCUCUCCAUCAAAAAGAAAGGAAUUCACUAGUGAGCAGCGACCAGCUAGACCUUGUUCGGAUUUUUGGUUUCUCAAUUCCCUAGUUAACUAGACAUAGAGAGUUGGUUUGGUUUUGAAUGUUCCAAUCAGUACAGCUUGCUAGAGCGUUCAAGCGGAGAUAGGAAGAUGUAAGGAAUGCAGCUCCCACCUGGUGAGGUGAUGUUUGUUUAUUGACUAUAACUGAAAUCCAUUAAGCCUGGAGAGCAUUACCAUAUACAUAAAAGCUCAAUCCUAGGGCCAAAAAAAAAGGGAAGAAAGAAACAAUAUACGGACGCUAACUCCGUUCCGUAACAUUAUAAAAGAC